CAUAGCCACAUCUGUAGAGUCAGCAUCAUUUUUAAUAUCCUGUUAGAAGAGGGGUAAAGAUGGCGGACGACCCCAGCGCGGCGGACAGGAAUGUGGAAAUCUGGAAGAUUAAGAAGUUGAUUAAAAGUCUGGAAGCAGCCAGAGGGAAUGGCACAAGUAUGAUCUCCCUCAUCAUCCCUCCGAAGGACCAGAUCUCGCGGGUGGCUAAAAUGCUGGCGGAUGAGUUCGGCACAGCCUCGAACAUCAAGAGCAGAGUAAAUCGACUUUCUGUGCUGGGAGCCAUCACCUCUGUCCAGCAGAGACUUAAACUCUAUAAUAAAGUUCCCCCCAAUGGACUGGUGGUGUACUGUGGGACCAUAGUGACAGAGGAGGGCAAAGAGAAGAAAGUCAACAUCGACUUUGAGCCUUUCAAGCCAAUCAACACGUCACUUUAUUUAUGCGACAACAAAUUCCACACGGAGGCCCUCACUGCGCUUCUUUCAGACGACAGUAAAUUCGGCUUCAUCGUGAUCGACGGUAGUGGAGCGCUCUUCGGAACCCUGCAAGGCAACACGAGAGAGGUGCUGCACAAAUUCACAGUAGAUCUGCCCAAAAAGCACGGAAGAGGAGGGCAGUCCGCUCUGCGAUUCGCCCGCUUGAGGAUGGAGAAGAGGCACAACUACGUGAGGAAGGUGGCGGAGACGGCUGUGCAGCUCUUUGUCUCAAACGAUAAGGUCAACGUAGCCGGGAUGGUUCUUGCUGGAUCAGCUGACUUCAAAACUGAGCUCAGUCAGUCAGACAUGUUUGACCCGAGGUUACAAGCCAAGGUGCUCAAACUGGUGGACAUUUCUUAUGGAGGAGAGAACGGCUUCAAUCAGGCCAUAGAACUGUCUGCAGAGGUGCUGUCCAAUGUCAAGUUCAUUCAGGAGAAGAAACUAAUAGGUCGUUAUUUUGACGAGAUCAGCCAGGACACUGGGAAGUACUGUUUUGGAGUGGAGGACACACUGAAAGCUUUGGAAAUGGGAGCUGUAGAGAUCCUCAUUGUAUAUGAGAACCUGGACACUAUGCGCUAUGUUCUACGAUGCCACGGUGCAGAAAGCAGUAAUCCUGAAAAUGAUGAGAAGACGCUGUAUCUGACACCGGAGCAGGAGAAAGAUAAAUCUCACUUCACAGACAAAGAGACGGGGCAGGAGCACGAACUCCUAGAGAGCAUGCCGCUGCUGGAGUGGUUUGCCAACAGCUACAAGAAAUUUGGGGCCACGCUGGAGAUCGUCACCGACAAGAGUCAGGAGGGCUCGCAAUUUGUGAAGGGCUUCGGCGGGAUUGGUGGAAUCCUGCGCUACAGGGUGGACUUCCAGGGCAUGGACUAUCAGGGAGAAGACGAUGAAAUCUUUGACUUAGAUGACUACUAGGUAGUCUGGACUGGCAGAGAAUUUUUUAACGUAAACCAUAUUUGCUCCACUGCUCUGGGGAGGAUGGGGAAGAGUGGAGAAAAUGAAUUAUAUGCAGAGAAGAAAAAUGGUAUUUGAAUAUGAAUCCCUGACCUUAAACACAGUGACUAUUUCCUGACUGGACAAGGUUAUGCAGCUCCCAACUCAUCAUUACCGUCACAGCAAACAUACGGACACGAUGUCAGAUUUUUUUCUUCCCACCUUUUCUAGACUCCUUGCUGCUGUGCUGUUUUAAGAGUUUCUGACUUUAUGACGUUUUAAAUAAAAUAUAAAUGCCCAGGAUCAAAUCUGCACGUCAUGUCCAGCAUCUAGACUCACAUUUCUUUACAGCUGAAUGAAUCUGGUGGCGCUCUGAGCCUCUAAAGGACCAUUACACAGCUGGAUCACCUCUUUGCCUCUCUGUGCUGCUGAAUUUAUGCUGACAGAUAUUUUUAUUGGCCUGUGCACCAUGUACUAACCCUUGGAAAUGUUCCUCAUACUGUUUGUGCCUGAAAAGGUGAAAUGUGGUGUGAGUGGAAAGCUACUGCACAGUUCACAGUAAUUCAGAUUUUUCUUUCAUGUCUUACGGUAUUUCGAUCAGAUUUUGAUAUUCUGUUAACUGACCGCUGGAUUAGUGACUUACCCAUGCUUAGAAAAGUCCUGUGAGGCACUGAUCAUGAAGGUGGUGCUAAAGUGUACAGAAUUAUGACAAUUAGACUGAAAACUAAUUCAACCCAAGUAUAUAAAUCACAACACUAGUCCAACACAGGCAAUGCACAUACUGUUGUAUGUUUCUAACACACGUUCUAGAGGUUAUAACAGUAAAAUGAGAACACCUGGGUGACACACUAUCAAAGCUGUUUUGUUUUUCCCUGACAGUUUUCUUGUCACACUUCAUGUUGAGCUGAUAGUGUCAUCAUUGUGUAAGAUUUAAAACUGCUGCCCCAUGAUACAUCAGAGAUAAACACAUUCACAAUCUGAGUGUAGAUGAUCUGAGUUCAGUCUCUACAAUUGUUAGUUUGUAUUAUGUUACAAAUUGCAUCCUGACCCAUUUUUAAAUGCAUCAACAUGUGAAAUCAUUCUUGUUUAGUAGAAAUUGUUUUCCGUAAGGACCUUUACUUUCUUGUUGGGUUAAAUCCCUGCAUCUGCCCUGCCAUGAAACUAAUCAGAUUCCAACCUUUAAAUCUGCCAGCAACAUUCAUUACAGUUAAUGGCAUGUUUGGUAGAUUUCUAAUAACUGUCAAACAUCAUCAAAAAAUACCGAAAACAUCACAAAUACAGCAAAAUGUCCUAUUCCACACGUAGGCUUCGCUGCAGCAUUGUCAUUCUAAUCUUAGAAACUCUGUAGUCUAAGAGAAAGUCGUACUCAAAAGAAUAUUUUAUAUUCAAAUAAAUAUUUGCUGUUUUUUCUUCUUCAUGCUCAAUCCAUCAAUAUUUUGUAUGAAUCAUUUGUUACGUGAGGUCACUGAUAUUAAACCCUCUUAUUGUUUGCACAUUU